AUGCUGCGCACUAUCGUCGCCGCCGGCUGUCUGAUCUGGUUCGUGGUCGUAUGGGCGGUGUGCGCCAUUGGCUUCACACAACUUUUCCGCUACAACUGGCGACGACCACAACCGGCGACAUGUAUCACCAAAGUCAAGGAAGAGGAGCUACCUCAUGUCACUGUCAUCCGCCCUGUCAAGGGUCUCGAGCCGCGCCUGUAUGAAUGCCUCGCAGCCAGUCUCCGCCAGACGUACCCGAAGAGCAAGAUCGAUACCGUCUUCUGUGUGUCUUCGCGCUCCGAUCCCGCCCUCCCGAUCCUCCAGCGCCUAUGUGGCGACUUUAAAGAUGCCAACGUGCGGAUCCUGGUUGAAGAGGAGGACCCGUUGCUGCUGAAAGACAAGAAUGCGCUAGGGCCGAACCCCAAGAUCCGGAACAUGAGCCGCGCAUAUAGAGAAGCGAGGGGUGACAUUGUCUGGAUACUCGAUUGCAAUGUCUGGGCUGGCAAGGGCGUUUGUGGAAGACUGGUUGAUUUACUAUGCGGAUACAAGGAUGGUGAACAUGGCAAGACGAAAAGGUACAAGUUUGUGCACCAGACGCCUGUGGCUGUGGAUAUGGACGCUCAAGGCAUGACCGUGGACGAGCGCAAGGCGCUGCUCGGAGGACGAUCAACCGAAGAUAACGACAUGACGGACAUUGCAGCAAGCACUUCUUCAGAUCCACGGAACCACUCCAACAGCGUGCUGCGCAGGAUCCUACAGCGCGGUGGUGGACGUCUCGACGAAGCUUUCCUGUCUUCUGCACACGCCAAGUUCUACAACGCCAUCAAUACCGUCGCUGUAGCGCCUUGCAUCAUUGGCAAGAGCACCAUGUUCCGCCGCUCACAGCUCAACUACAUCACCUCAUCCAACCCCGAGCGCUCUCCUGGUAUCGACUUCUUCUCCGACAACAUCUGCGAGGACCAUCUCAUCGGCGAUGCGCUCUGGAAGCAGCCACAAGCAUUCGAAAAGCCCGGCUUCCACACUCCACCUGAUGCCGAGAAGGUCUCAUGGGGCAAACACGCCAUGCUCUUCGGCGACUUCUGCUUCCAACCUAUCAGCCACACCCCCGUCAUGGGCUACAUGGACCGCCGCAUCCGCUGGCUCCGAGUCAGGAAGUUCACCGUCACGCUGGCAACCUUCGUCGAGCCCGGUACCGAGAGCAUACUCUGCAGUCUCUAUGGCGCACACGCCCUCACUACCUUGCCAUUCUUCGCCCGCAUCGGCAUACCACCAACCUGGAUCUCUUUCGCCCUUAUCUGGCUCACCAACAUGUCCCUCUGGUGUCUUGUCGAUUACAUCCAAUACCUCCUCCUGCACUCGGCCAAAACCGUCGAAAUCGACGCCGACACGCCUGAUUUCGUGCUCCCACAGCGCUCCGCCAAAGCUUACCACCAAGCCGAAUCCCUCAAACCCUUACUCGGCGACAAGACACCCAGAGAACCUAAGCUGCUCGACGGCGCGAGGAGAAACUUCAAGGAGUUCUUUGCGGCGUGGUUGGGCCGCGAGAUGAGUGCGUUGCCGAUUUGGGUGGUGGCAUUUUGGGGUGGGGUUACGGUGGAGUGGAGGGGGAGGAAGUUUUGGGUUGGGCUGGAUAUGAAGGUUCAUGAGAUUUUGCCGCCGAACGAGGGAGAGGCGAAGGUAGAUGGGGAGGGGAGAAAGUGA